GUUCACAUCUUUCCCAGCCUUAUCUUAAUAUACAAUCUGUAGUUUAACAUUCAUUCCAUUCAACUUUCUUUGCAACUAUCUGGAGAAAAAAAAUUCAUAAAAAGUUUGACUUUUUCGGAUCUGUCAAGCAUAAGCAUACCUUCAAUGGCUUCUUCAAGUUCAAGCAUUCACAACAAGAGCUACCUGUAUGAUGUGUUUCUUAGCUUCAGUGGUGAAGACACUCGCAAGACCUUCGUUGAUCAUCUUUUUGCUGCUCUUGAUCAACAUGGUAUUCGUACGUUCAAGGAUGACGAGAGACUCGAGAAAGGAAAAAAGAUUAAUUUUGAGCUCUUACAAUCCAUUGAAGACUCGAGACUCUACAUUAUUGUUUUCUCCAAACACUAUGCAUCUUCAUCAUGGUGCUUAAAUGAGCUUCUCAAGAUCAUGGAGUGUCACAACAAGGGCGAGCGGUUUGCCUUCCCCGUGUUCUACGAUGUGGAUCCCUCUGAAGUCCGAAAACAAACUGGACCAGUUGGAGAAGCACUUGCCGUACAUAUGAACAAGAAUAAAUCGGAGGUUGGAAAAUGGAGAGAGGCUCUUAAAAAAGCAUCCAAUUUGUCUGGUUGGGAUGUGAGGAAGACUUCUAAUGGGCAUGAAGCUAAAGCCAUAAAAUCAAUUGUUGAGCGGGUUUCACUCGAGUUACGAUACAUAAAAAUGGGUGUUGAUGAUAAUUUAGUUGGCAUGGAACGAAGAAUGCAAGAUCUCAAUCCGUGUUUAGAGAUCGGUACAAAGGAUGUGCGCAUGAUAGGGAUCAAGGGCAUGGGAGGUGCUGGGAAGACAACGUUGGCUUGGGCUAUUUUUAAAAAAAUAUCCUUUGAUUUUGAAGGUAAAAGCUUUGUUGAGAAUGUGAGGGAAAGAGCCUUUAAGUUUGGUUUGGAGAAGUUGCAAGAACAAGUCCUUAGAGAUGUAUUAAAAGAUAAUGGGAUUAUUGUAAGUGGUGUUCAUGAAGGGGAAAACUUAAUGAAAAAUAGAUUGUGUGGUAAAGAAGUUCUUAUUGUUCUCGAUGAUGUGGAUGAUAUAGACUAGCUUAAGAUGUUAGCUGGUGAUACUACUUGGUUCAAGCCAGGAAGUAGAAUUAUUGUCACAACUAGAGAUGGGCAAGUGCUUGAAGAACCUAAAGUGAAAUGGAUACGAGAUGCCAAUCUUUUACACGAAAAGGAAGCACUUCGCCUUUUCAGUAGACAUGCAUUUGGGAAAGAUAUUCCAAUUCAAGAGCAUGAAAGGCAUUCACAUGAAGUUGUAAGUUAUGCCGCAGGUCUUCCCUUAACAAUCAGAGUUUUGGGUUCAAAACUCUGUGGUAAAGAUAAUAGUGAAUGGACAUAUACACUAGAAAGACUGAAAUCAAUUCCGUUGAAGGAAACUCUUGCAAAACUGGAACUAAGUUUUGAAAGCCUAGAGGAUGAUUACAAGAAUAUAUUCCUAGACGUGGCAUGCUUCCUCAGAUAUUGGGAAGAAGAUGAUGUAAUACGAAUGCUUGAAAGCUGCGGAUUUCAUCCUCGAAAUGAUUUAAGAGUUCUUGAGAAAAAAUCUCUAUUAACUUUAAAUAAAAGUUUUGGUUCAUUCAUACAAAUACAUAACCAUUUGAUAGAACUGGGCAUGAAUAUUGUACGCCGUGAGCAUCCGUAUGAGCCCAACAAACAUAGCCGAUUGUGGAUUCAAGAGGAAAUCGAACGUGUCAUGGCUGAUAACUUGGGUAGUGAAGCAACAAGAUGUAUAGAUCUAGAAAUCACUCCUGGUAUUUUUUUUGAAAGGUCUUGGAAAUAUGAAGAAACUUAGAUGCCUUAAAGUGAAAAAUGAUGAGUUCCUAUUUGAUUUGAAGGAAAAUGAAGUGAAGGGGCUUGUGGACAAAUCGUGGUAUUUUUUUCGAAGGUUUUGGAAACAUAACAAAGUUGGCCUGUAUUUUCCAAACUCGUUACAAUAUCUACAUUGGAAAGGAUACCCUCAUCGGUGUUUACCCAAAACAUUUGAAGCAAAUAAUCUUGUUGCAUUUAAAAUGCCUUGGAGCAAAAUUAAACAACUUUGGGAAGGUGAAAAGGUUAUGAAGAAGCUCAAAUUCCUUGAUUUGAGUUAUUCUAUUGAGUUAAGGAGCCUUGACCUUGGGCUGACACCCAAUCUUGAGAGGUUAGAUGUUGGAGGUUGUGAGAAAUUGGUAAAACUUGACAUGCACGGAGGAUGUCUAAAAACCCUUGUCUUUCUAAACCUAAAUAGAUGCCGGAGGUUGAAGUCUAUAUCUUUUAUCAAGCAAAUGGAAUCUCUCGAGGUUCUUCGUACAGGUCGAUUAUAUCUGAGGGAAUUCCAUGAUUAUAUAUUCACAGGGCACUCCAGUUUGCUAGAGCUGGAUCUUUCAUUGAACUAUAUAGAAGAAAUACCCUCAUCAAUUGGAAAUCUUGAAAAGCUUGUCUCUCUAGAUCUCAAGUGGUGCUGGGAACUUAAGAGUGUUCCAGGAAGCAUUUGUAGGUUACAACAUCUGAGAACUCUUAACCUUGGAAACAGUGGCAUAGAGGAAUUGCCAGAGGACCUUGGCCAACUGGAAUGUUUAGAAAACCUUUAUUUAAGCAGUACAAAAGUGAAACAUCUCCCUGGUAGCAUUUGUAUGUUGAAACAUCUCAAAACCCUAGAUCUUUCAUGGUGUAAGCUUCUUGUGAAGUUACCUGAGGAUGUUGGCCAAUUAGAAUCUUUGGAGAUAUUACAUCUACUGUAUUGCUAUGAGUUAAGAGAAAUUCCCAAGAGCAUUUGUAAGUUGAAAUGUCUCAAGGAGUUGAGCCUUUUCAAAUGUCGGGGUCUUGAAAAACUGCCAGACGAACUAGGAAACUUAAAAUGUUUACAAUAUUUAGAAGUUUGGGGUAGUGGCAUAACUCAGCUUCCACAGAGCAUUUAUUCAGUGAAAGGUUUGAAAUUUGAGAGACACAGAAGAGAAGAGCAUUUAUUCAGUGAAAGGUUUGAAAUUUGAGAGAUAAUUUACGUUGCAAGAAGAAGAAGUGGCAGAGGGCAAUUGAAGAGUGAAGCUCGCACUGGCUACUUCUCUAAUUAUCCUAAUCUCGCAACGUUUUCGACAACCAUAUAUUCCAUCAAGUUCCUACCUACCCAAUCAACCAACAUGUAUGUUUGUUUCUUCACUAAUUACUCCCAAUUCUCAAUGGGAGAUGAAACAUUUUAUUUAGGUAUGAUUUCAGUCCCAAUUUGAUAGUGGCAUAACUCAGCUUCCACAGAGCAUUUAUUAAGUGAAAGGUUUGAAAAUCAACAAACCCGAUGAUGAAUGGUUGUGAUGUGGUUUAGACAGAGUGAAGGAAGGAAGGAAGGAGGUAGGGUUUUUUAGAAUAAAUGUCGGAGGCCCUUGGCCAAUUGAUGAGCCAAGAUUUACACAUUCAUCAACAAAAAUGUUCUUCCCACAAAAUCUAAUUUCCCAACGAUCCGCUUCAUCAAGUUCUUUCCCAAUUAUCAGAUAUUGAUGGAACUCUUUGUGACUCAUAUCCUCUCCGUUACUAUGCCUUCUGUGAUAUGCUGAGAUAGGGUUUAACGGCAAGCAUAAUGAAGAGCUUUGGAGUGCUCUUCUUUCUGAUUGGGAGCUUGAAAAGGCCAUGAAAUUCAUAGUUGACCAGGAAGCUUUGUUUAGAAGGUAAUUUGCAUCAUGAUGUAAACGCUAUUUUAUCACCUCUUUGACUUUUGAGGUCAAACAUUACUCUCUAAAUCUAGAAUCCAUAUGGAUCAAGUGUAACAAUUGGUUUUCUCUUCAAUUUACUUAAAAUUUAUGUCAAAUUUUAGUGGUCAAACAUUAAACUUAGGACUUUUAUGGUUCUUGUUAGGGGCGAGCAAAAUCCGAUUUGGCCCGAGAACCAACCCUACAAACACUUAUGCAGUUUGGACGUCGGUUCUAAAUAUAUAGUGUAGUCAGUUGUUCUUCCUAUUCUAGAUUGUCAGAUUUGAUAUUGGGCUGCUGGAAAUGUUAUGAAUAGGUUCGUUUUCUUUUUUGCUUAUGAAAUUGAUCUGUAUUAAAGUCAUAAACAGGAUACUUAUGGACUUCUGGGCUAAUCGAACAUACACGUGUCCAAUUCAGGCCUAGCUUAUAGCCCAACCAACCCGACAAAAUUGAGGCCGACCCAGCCUUUAAUAUUACGGUCCUCGGACCUCGGGUUUAGGAUGGGUUGAAAUGUGGCACGUAACGUUUGGGCCAUUUUUUAAGCCCAACAGUCUUUACAAGGUACAUAUCGACCUUAUAUCGACGAUAUAGCGACUUCCUAUGUGGAAUCCGGCGACAAAUUCCGGCGACGGAGUUGCUUUCAGCCGGAAACCAGGAAGAAGGGGUAAGAAGAAGAAGAGAGAUGCUGACGGCUGCGUAUAUGUCUUUUAGGUUUUUAGGGUUUUUAUGAGUUAAGGUUUUUAAACAUUUAACCAAUCUAUCUUUCAUUAGUUUACAUUCAGUCCCUAAAACUUCUAACUUUUUAAUUAAAAAGUGUAAAGAUAGUUUGUCUAUUUAAACAUUUAACCCCCUCUAUCUUCAGUAGUUUACAUUUGGUCCUUAAACUUUUUAAUUUAUGCAUAAAAGUACAAAAUUAACAUUAUAAAAUACAUAUAUAUAAUAUGGAUAGCUAUUUUUUAUACAUAUAUAUAAAAUUAACAUUAUAUAUAAUUAUAUAUAAUAUGGAGCGCUUCGUAUACGUGAAGCUCUCGCUUCGCGCUUGAAGCUUCGCUUAAAGCUUUUGGAACCAAAACGCUUCGGAGCGUUUCACACUUUUUUAAACCAAGGGCACGUUCGUGUUGACCUGCAAACAUGCUUUUUCUCCACUUUUUAAAAUAAUCAUUAUGUUAUGUAUGAUGACAAAGACAAUUUUAUUACAAUAUUAAUUUAAAUAUUCAAAUAAAAUAGUUUAGGAGGUUGUAUGCGUUAAAUAUACGUUUUUUUUUAUUUUCAACUAUUUAGACCUUUUCUGCCAAUUUGACCCGUUUCCCUUUCUAGAUAUGUUUCUUUUUAGGGGUGGCAAAAUGGGUGGGUUGGGUAGGUUUGGGUAAUGGGUUAGGAUGGGCAUGGGUUAGAAUGGGUUUGGGUUAAGAUGGGUUUAUUAAGAGAUGGGUUAGAAUGGGUUUAGGUCAAGAUGGGUUUUUUUCAAAAAAAUCAAAAAAAAAAUAAAAAAAAAAUCAAAACAAUUCAAAAAAUUCAAAAAAAAAUAAAAAAAUUCGAAAAAAUCAAAAAAUUCAAAAAAAUUCAAAAAAAUUCAAAAAAAAUUCAAAAAAAUUCAAAAAAAUUCAAAAAAAUUCAAAAAAAUUCAAAAAAUUCAAAAAAAUAAAAAAAACUUUGGGAUUGCAGGCCAUCAUCAGAAAAUUCUUUAUGUUUCGUUCUUGUACCGAUUAACGGGAAUGAUUGUCGUAGGCCCGUCCUCGCCAUAUAGUUCGUUUGGUAAUUUAUUAAAUACAAUUUGUGCUGUAUACCGAAGAGUUUCAAGCAAACGAUUUAAGGUUCUAUUCAUCUCAGCCCUCGAAUCAUGUAUAGUUGUCGGGCCCCAUUUUCUCAUGUACUGUAACCAUAGUUAUCAAAUGCGCUAGGCGCACUCAAGGCGCAUACGCCUCGCCUGUCGCCUAGGCGAGAAGCGCAAAAAAAGCGCGG